AUGGGAAUAGUAAAUCCUGGACCUCUUGAUCUUAUGCUCUUCUACAAGAUGGAGAGGGACUUCUAUGACCGGCUUGUUAGAGAGCUGGGCCAGGUUCGAGAGAGCAUAGAGCUUGUCAUGGCCAUGUGGCUCUGGUUUGAGUCCCUCGGGCACCACGACUUCAUCCGGCACGUCGCCGCCUACCAGGACGACGUCAUCCUCCGGUUCAUCGCCGAGGGCGAGGCCUGUCUGGAUCGCCUCAUGCGCAACCGGGACUCAAGACGGAGCGAGGAGCUUCCCUUCACCAGUUCCCUCAUGGCCGAGCCCAUAGACCUCCGGUUCUUCGAGUACCACCGGGACAUAGCAUUCGACGGGGUGCGGCACUUCCUCGAGAAUGUGUGCCGGAUCAUCUUCGACGAUGCACCGAUGGAGAGGGUUGCCAGAGAUUCGAGCCACCCCGAUCACCGGCGAGUGCUCUCGAGCGGCUUGCACGUUCGCAGGCUUUCAGCGGAGGCCUGCACCGAAGAGGAGGUCGAAGCAAUGAGCGACAUGGCUCCUGCUACGCCGCCGUCGUCGCGCUCCGCGUUGAACCCGAUGGCUAGACCCUGGUCCCCGGAAACCGAUCACACGCCGGAGGAGCAGAGGUCCAUGUUCAUCACCUUUUCCAAGGGAUACCCUAUCUCCAGAGAGGACAUCAGCGACUUCUUUAAAACGCGAUAUGGGCCGUGCGUGGAGACCGUGAUGAUAGAGAAGGCGCCGGCAAGUAACCAGCCGCUGUAUGGGAGGCUGGUGUUUACGAGCAUUGCGAUGAUCGCGGUGGUGCUGAACGGGCAGCAGACUGCAAAGUUUAGGAUAAAGGGGAAGCAUCUGUGGGCGCGGAUGUAUCUCCCUCGCCGGAACUAG